AAUGAAAUAAAGCUGCCUAUUCACAUUUUAUUCACGUAAAUGAAAUCCACACUAAAGAGUAAAGAAAUGGAAAGUGUGUGGUGCAGUAUAGAAAUGAAGAAGGCAGAUAACUUUGCUAAUGAGAUAGCUGAAGCAUGUUAUUCCAAAUAUAUAAGCCUCCCCAAAACAGGCAAACCUAAUGAAGAAAGAGAGUGGACGCAUCUGGCUGGUAUCGUAAAGGUAGAGGGAUGGCAGAAAGACGUCAGUUGUUCGAGUUAUGUGUCGAUGGAUGUAGUUGCAUUAGGCACAGGUUCUAAAUGUAUUGGGAAGUCCAAAAUGAGUCCAUCGGGGGAUAUUCUGAACGAUGGCCAUGCGGAAGUAAUGGCUCGGAGGGGUCUUCUUCGAUACCUGUACGAUCAGAUACUUGAGACUUACCGAACAGGUUCGUCAGAAGUUUUCAAAUGUUUUUCUGGUGGCAAAUGUUUUAUUAAAGAUAACGUUACAUUCCAUUUUUUCGCAAGUCACACACCUUGUGGGGAUGCGUCAAUUAUUCCAAAAGUUUCUUUGUAUAAGGAUGAAGUGGGUCGUUGCUUGAAACGCAGCACCGAAGAAUCACUAUUUGAUAGUAAACAGGCCGAGGGAAAUUUAAAUGAAAAUUCUGUCGUGGUUCCAACACGAAACUUGUGUUGUGAUUUCAGUUGUGCAAAUUUGCAGUGUGAAAUGAUGUUACAGAGGGCGGAAGGAAAGAAACGUAACAGCAACGCAGGAGUAGUUAGUAAUAAAAGGAAAUAUCACAGUGAAGAAGAUAGUUUUAAAAGUAAAUUGAGUUCUGGAAGAGCUAAUAUAUGUGGUGGUAGCAAUCAGAGGGCAAGAGUAAACUAUCGAGAAGAGCUAGUAAAAACCAACACGGAGGAAGUUGUUAUUAGUGACAUCUAUAGAACGGGGGCAAAGUGUCUUCCACUUGAAUCACUUCAAGAUCCGCACGUGCCAGGAACAGACUACCAUGUUGUCGGAGCUUUGAGGACGAAGCCUGGUCGUGGUGACCCAACGCAGUCUCUCUCAUGCAGUGAUAAGCUUGCGAGAUGGAAUGUGGUUGGUCUGCAAGGAGCUUUAUUGUCUCUUCUCGUAAACGAACCCAUUUACUUUAAGUCAUUGGUUAUCGGUGGGGGAUGUCCGUUUUCAAAGGCAUCUCUGAAGAGAGCUGUAAUUGGACGUCUGAUGUGUGGAAACAACGGAGAAAAUAAUUCAUCGUACGAUGAGAUAGUUCAAGCUUCCGCAAUCGGUGACAGUAUUUCAUUACCGUCAGAAUAUGCAGUUGUUAAUCCGUUGAUUUUACGGUCGGCUUUGCCCUUUAAACAUGCCCAAACACCUGGUGGGAAGAAACAGCCGUGUCCGUCCAGUAUUGUAUGGUGUAAGGUGCCGGAAAGGGCCGUAGAAGUGGCUGUAGAAGGAAAGAAGCAAGGCGUAACAAAGAAAGUUGCCCUCACGUCUGCAGGCCGACUUCUCGUUUGCAAGAGAGAACUUCUUCAGCAGUUCGUGAAUGUGGCGUCAUCGAUGCCCGAUCCUACCUUCCACCUGCCCUCUCUUUUGAAGUUACGUGAUGUUACAAGCGACGUUACGGAGAUCAAACAGUGUUUAAUUCAGAUGCCUUACAAGCAGCUGAAAAAUUUGUCACAAGACUACAAGCAAGCAUGGAAUGCAGUGAGAGCCGUCUGUUUUCCGUCAUGGAUAACAAAAUGCGAUUCGCUUUCUUCCUUCAGUCUCGCCAAUUAGAGGGGCUGUUUUCUUUCCUGUACAUCAACAGGCAUGAUGCUAUUGAAAUGAGCUGUGUUCUAGUAAGGUAGUUAAAAGAAAUUGGUUUUUCAUUCAAUUAAUCUGUUUUACGUUACGUUUCAUCUUCAGAAUGGACGAAGAGCUGUCCGUUACAGCGUCGAUUACCCUACUAAUUCUCGUCAAGCUGAAGAUUCAUGCAGUAACAGCAUAAAUGAGAAAUGUUGAUAAAUGCAAGAAUCCAACUCCAGCACGAAGGCUUAGUCAUUUACGAAGCUAUGAACCACCAACGAUCGGAAGUAGAGGAAGUUACGAGCGAGGACGAUUCAUGUGAAAUUAUUUAAAUAAGAAGUGACACGUUUUAUAUCCA